GGAAAAAUGGGUGGAUGUCAACAAGGUGAUUAAAGGUAGACCAGUCAUGGUGCUUCAUGGAAUUAAAUAUACUAAUCAGAUUCUGAGCUUAGCAGACAGAAAUAGAAAAAGAAGUGGAACAAGGCUGUGAACAUUGCUCCCUCUUUUAUCUUUAAUUUUAAUUAGGUAUCUGAUUGAUUAAGACUUUUCAGACCGAGCUGGCAUUUUGUUGCUGCUGGAUAAUUUACUUGUUAUUUUUGUUAUCUGCUUUAGCUGUAAACAGUUAAAUAAGUGGUAGUCCUUUAUUGCUUCAUUUGAAGAAUAUGUAAAUACUGUAUAUCAUUGCUGACUGGGUUUGAUGGUACUGACGGGGAUAGGUCUAAAGAAAAAAAAAAUUGAGCUUGUCAUCCUAUUAAGCCUUAGCAAGACAGCCAACUCAUCCUUCAUGAGCUUAGAAAAGCAAACUGUUCAUUCAGUCAGUCUGUAACAGCAAGCAUCUGAGAAAAAUGAAUAUUGGCUCGUGGCAGUGGUAAGUAUAAACCAUUUUCUGGUAAGUUAGACUAUUUUAGUUAGUAUUCUGUAGCUACUAAUUGUUACAAUUCAUCAUAGAUUUUGUUAAAUAGGAAUUCUGCAGAUUUUUUUUCACGGUAAGAAAAUAUGACUGGUUUUUUCGUAAAUGAUAGAUUUUUAGGAUGGAUAUUUGAUUCCUAAAUCUGUAUUGGUUAUCUUAUUUAGCAUAUAAGUACUUUAACUCUAGUGGUAUAUCAUUUUGGAAAUUAAAGCCUACCUGUAUGAACUUGCGUUUGUUAGAAGUAUUACCUUUCUGCAACCAACAUUUCACACUGGAUUAUGAAGAGUGCUAUGGUAAGAUUACAGAAUUAGUAGUCAAAAAGGAAUAUUGAGAGUUGAGUUGAGAGAAGAGGAUGCUGUUGACUAGGGAAGCUUACAUUUUUAUUUUUCAGCACUUAAAUAAGCCUGGAUAGAAAUUUUUUUCCUCCUACCAUUUCAUCAUCCUGCAAACUCAUCUAGCUUUGGUAAGUAUAUCCCUACUUCUUUCUAAGGAGAGAAGCAUUCUAACAUUCAGCCAAGAAAUAUAGGUAUUUUCUCAAGACCUCUGCCAAAGCUUAAAAAGAGUGUAUGAAGUAAGUGUCUCAAAUUCUUUUGUCACUCUAAGUCGAAAUUGCUCCUUACUUAUUUUGUGUGAAUUGCUCGUCAGGAGAAAGUGACCUUGGAAACUGCAUGAUCAGAAAAUAUGGUUCCCAGAAAUCAAAUCCUAGAAGUUAGGAUGGGGUGACAGAUUUUGCCUAUAUUGCAUUCUAUGAACAAUGCAAUAUUUUUCAUACAUAAUGGUAGUUUAUAUUUUAUACUCCAGACAUUUUGAAAAUAAAAAAACUACCUCAUUUUGAGAUAAAAUUUUUAUAGUGUCCAUUUACUCUGCAGGGUUUUUUUGGUGGGCUGAGUUUCAAGUAUAAGCAAAUAUUUGAAUUUACCUGGUUUCUGUUAAGAGGGACGAGGAAUUCUGAUGCUCAGAUAAAUUGGAUUAAUUCAGAGACUGAGAAAGAAUUAUAGUGUUACACUGACAGCAACAUCUUUCAGUAUAGAAACUACGUUUCAUUAUUGGAAAUGGUUGUUAUUGUUCAUGUAUGUUAUAGUGAGAUUUCUCCUAGUUUUCACUAUCAAUUGUUGCUUCACUUCUGCAGGAUAUUCCCAUAGCUGCUGUCAUUUUUGAUAUUGACAAAGCAUGAAUUCCAUAGAUAGCACUCUAAAUACCAGAAUGACAAACUCACUGACAUGAACAGGCUAACCCAACUGAUAACUCAGUUUAGGAGGUUUUCGUUUGGUCUCUGAAACAGGAAUAGCAGAUGUCCAACAAUGCAAACAGAAACAGAAGUUUAUGUGAUUUUCAAAAUACAUUUUCAGCGCUUUUGAUGAAGGAAAGUUAUUUUAUACAGUAGAAGAGAGAGGUCAUGCCCAGCAAAUUCUGUUCUCUAGUUAUAAAUAUGUUUUUACGUAUAUGAUAAUAAAUACAUGAACAUCCAUUGUCGUAAAGUGAGGAAUAUUAUUUAGUAAUUACGUUAAAAUAAUGAUGGAAUGUAUUAUAGACUAUUUACAGGCUACCUUCUAGUCUGUUGUAGUGUAAAGCAGUGCACAUUUUAAAAUGAAGGUAAAAAUGAAAAAUGCUGCUGCAGAAGUUAAGUAUCUCCAACAUCUAAAAUAAAUUUUAUCUUUGUAAAAACGUUAUUUUGUCUUCUGUUGCAAAAGCUCAAAGUAAUUAACCAAAAAGCAAAAUUGCUAAUAAGUAGACAGGAACUUUACAGGACAUGAGUUUUACAUAUGAUUUAGCAGAAUUAAAAAAAAAAACCAAAAAAACUGACUUCACUUCUCCCUAAAAGGGUAGAAAUGCCUAUGUAUAUACAGCCCAUGAUUGCUAAUCUGUAUUUCACUACAACUUUGCUGGCACUUGCAUUUUUAGUGCUGAGUUAAAAUAAUCUUGAAAACAUUUGACUGACUGCGAUUGUAGUAGCAUUUUCUGAAUAUAAAGUGAGGCGCCUGCAGGGAGACAGCUUUAAUAUAUUGGAGGGAAUAAUAUAACUAUUAUUUCUUUUCAGAAGAUUGGUCAAAAUCUAUUGAACAAUUUAUAUUGUGUCCAUUUCUGCUUGUAUAAAAGUAAAAAAUAAUGCAAAAUCUAAUUACAUGGGGUUUGGUUUUCCUAAAUAUGUGGAUUUAUGGCAUAUCUUAGUUGUUUAGACAGUAACCUUCCAUCUGAAUCAGAACCAAAGAUAUACUGACUGGUGUUUGCAAUCUUUUCGUAGUCUGAAAAAAAAAAGGAUCCUGAUUUGGUGUGCAUAUUAAAGUGCCACUGUAGCAGUGAGGAACAAGUGACAUGGACCCCCUUAUGCAUCCGAAGGAGAUCCCUUUAUUCUAAAAAAUCACACCCUUUUUAUACCUUUAAUCUCUACCUGACAUAACUGAAACCAAACUGAGACUUAACAGAAAGAAGGCACCCAUUGGCUGGUUCAGCUGCAGGGCUGCUGUCCAUGCGUCCUAUCAUCUAAUCAGCUUCCUGCUCAUAAGCUGUCCAUGUGUUCCUCCGGCCAAUCAUCUUCCAGCUCAUACACUGUCCACGCAUUUCUCCAGCCAAUCACAAUCUCACUUCCAGCUGUCCCUUUCCUCACUCAUGACUGUAACCUCUCAACUGACUUCCAACUGUCUAGCCUGCAACUGUGCCAUGCCCAUGGGACCUUCUGAUGAGCAUAAGCCUUAGCAGCUUUAAUAAUUAUAACCCCAUAUCCUGUAUUACCCCAUAAUAAUAUAUAACCCCAUAAAAUCUUUUUAUUAAGCAACGAAAACCUACUAGGAAAAACCUAAACAACUCCUAAGACAUUAAUAACAGUGACAACAGUAACUUCAAAAACUAACAUAGGCUUAUAAGGUAGUAACUAUAUACACAUCAAUUCAGGAUGGCGUGACAAGAGGCCGCACACACCAUGACAGAAUCCACUACAUAUGAUGGGCUGUGGAGAGGCAGGCAUUGCCCCUCCCCCAGGUCAACAAGUCUGGUAGUCCUUUCCAUUCUGCAGUCAGUAGGUCCUUUACCAUCGCAGGAGGUUUUAGAUGGGCCUUUGUGUCAAAAGGAUACUGCCUUUUACAUGCAGUUUGUCCUGUCUCAUAGCAAUUUUAAAAAUUGAGAACCUACAAGACUUUAAUUCAUGAGGGUACCCCAACUCCCCCCUCUUGCUUGUUUUCCAAGCAUGGAUUUUAAGGUUUUAUGAGCACACUCAACAAUAGUACAGUUCAUGGCAAAAUGGUUAAUCAGUGGGGUCCCAGAAAACACCUGUUCCAGACUGAGCUCACUAAUCCAUGGUUUUUUGUGUGUUUCCUUUGGAUGCUCUGUUCUCAGAGCUACGUGUAUACUGCCAUAUAUCUACUGAGUUCAAAGGGCUAUGUGGUACUGUUACAGUCCCUGUAAAUGGCUACCUUCUUCCUUUUUUCUAGACAUUUUGCAGACAUUUUUGUAAAGGCCAGUUUUUUCAGAAAAAUACAUAGGUGAAACUAAGCAAGUGAAGACAGGAUCCAUUCCAGCUGAGGCAGAGAGUGAGAAACACUGCUAAGACAGGCAUUUUUGAUAACACAUUCUUUAUGUGUUUGACGUAAACAUUCUUUGACAUGAAAUAUGUUUUAUAGCACUUCAGAAAUGUAUGUUCAGAAAUUAUUCAAAUACAACUCUAGUGGAACCUUGAUAAAGAGAAAAAAGCAAAACUAGAAGGUAUUUCAAUAAGAUGUAUUUCAAUGAGAUAAGUAAAAGGUAAAUCAGUGAUGAGCCCUUUUUGCCUACUCUCUGUGGAACUCAAGACUCUCCUAUACUACUCAUUCUAAUGACAUUGUAAAUUAUAUGUGGGGCACCUACCCCAGUGUAUGAAAUUUAAAGCAGGGAAAAUGCCACAAACCACAAUCAGUACAGAAAAUAAAAAGAAGAAAACAAGUAGUAAACCUUGGCAUUUGCCUAGACAUAUUUGAGAAUCUCAGAUGACUUUGGAUAAUUUUAUUUAGAGUUUCUAUGGUUUUAACUGUAUCAGUUACUUCAACGUGAGGCACUGAAACAGGUCACUCAGAGAAGCUGGGGAUACCCCAUCCCUGGACGUGUUCAAGGCUUUGAGAAACGUGGUCUAGUGUCUCCCUGGUCUGGAAGGUGUCCCUGUCCAUGUCAGCAGUGUUGGGAUGAGAUGAUCUUUAAGUUUUUUUCCAGCCUGACCCACUCUGUGAUUGUCUAAUUCACACUGGAAAGCUCAAACUUUGGUAAUUAGAGGAGAGGAACUAAGCAGUGAGAGACUGGACCACUCAUAGCUAGCAAUUUGAGAAGAAAAGUCAAAGCAAUGAUUAGUAUGGAAUAGAAGAAUAUUGUGAAAUACAAAUUGACACAAUGGAAACAAAUGAGAAUUAAAUUCAGUGUUACUAAGUUCGUCUAGAGACGGACAAAAAAGUAGGAUUCUGUGUCAAAAGGGAGGAAACAGUUGGAAGGGUUUAAUGUUGAAAUGCAGAAGGAAAGAGAAGUAAAAUAUUCUUGUUUGAGAAAGACCUGUUUUGGUAUGCUGUGACAUCAUUACUCUAAAGUGUGUGAGCACUGUAGAAUUCAGUAGGGAGGUAUUCAGUGAGGUGCCACUGAACAUAUUAAUAGCCAAAACCUUCAUAGGUUUUGGCUAUGAAUAGCAUAGCAUUCUGAAUUAUAAGAAAGAGACUUACAACCUCAAAGGAUAGUUUAUAUCAUCCUGAAAGAACUUAAAAUAUUUUUCAAAUUUAUUGUGUAGUCACACUAUUCUGAUUCAGCAUUAGCAAAUAUAUUCUCUGUAGUUUCCUUUCUUUUUUUCUUUUUUCCUUUCUGACUUUCUCAUCUUUAUAGGUUCACUGAACAUGGUUGUUUAGAAAAUGAAAGAACACAUGUAGUUUCACAUAAAAUCUCCAUUAUAUAAAUAUAUAAACAGGAGCAAAAUAGCUCCUUUGUUUUCAAAUUUACUUCCAAUCAGUGUUUUUAAGACAAGUUUUCCUGCAUAACAAGAUGAACUCAAAGCCAUUCAUUACAUUGGGUUUGUUUUUUUUUUUUUUUUUGCUUUCAUUAUCACAGAGCUUGUCAUCAUCUGCAUUAACCUGAAGGAAAAAGCAUUACAGAUGUUAUCAACAAUGAAAAUAAAUACGUUCUCGACAGGGAUUUACCUGUAUUUAUAGUGGGAUAUAAAUAUAAAUACAAACAUUUCUAGAUUGAUCUUUUACUCAAAAUUAUGAUGUUGUUAUUCUGAGCUAACCCAAGCACUAAUCUAUGUACUAAAAGUAAUUUAUCAUGUAAGAAACUGUGUCAAUGGACUUUGGCUUCCAGCCAGGCAAAUGCUGAAUGCCUCUAUUCCCAGUUAAGCUAAUUUGUCUCUUGUGCAUCUAGUGUCCAGCAGUGGACAAAAUACUUCCUAAGGCAAGGUCUUACCCUCCAGACCUGAUGCAUACAACUAAUCCUUGCUCGAGUCAAUAGGUCUACUUAUGAAUAAGAUUCAAGUUGAUGAGAUUCCUAAUUCUCUUGUCACAUCUCAGCCCCAGGACCAAUGAGAAAAAAAUAGACCAAGACAAUGUGUGGGUCGAACGAACAAAAAGCAAAGAAGGGGUGCCUCUUCUGAUAUGGUAGACCUUACAGAAGAAGGGAUAAAUGAACAUACAGAAAUGUAGUAUGGGCUGCAAAAUUAUUUGCAUAUGCAUUAAGUUGUUUUCAAUUUAAGUUGUUUCCAAUUAAGUUGUUUUUUUGAAAUUUAAGGUAUCAACAAUUUAACACACUGUAGGUACGUAAAAGUAAUAUGUAAAUACUAUAAUUAAUAUCCAAGAGCUGAUAGAUUGAAUAAUAAAAACAUUAGUUAGUAAAACUAAGCACAAGCGAACAGUGCAAAUAAUCAUUAAAAUUUUUAUCUACUUACUGCCAAAUACAGAAAUUAUUUUAAAAAAUACAGCCUAAUCAUCCUAUUAAUCUGUAUCAUAAAUCUCGUUUUCAAGAAUAAGGCAAAAUCUGUAGUCCUACUUUAAUAAACAACUGUGACUUUUGGCCAUUUCUGUUGCUGGUUUCACAGCUUCUUGCUCAGAGUAUUAAAUUUUAGAAGGUAUUAGACCAUUUCCCAAAACCCUCCCAUGGAGAGAAUCAGCACUAUCUACCUUCAGUACUUUCAGAGUGUCCCAUGACCCCAAAUACACAUAAAUUUGAGUAGUAGUAGAACUGCUGAUCAUCUCAGACACAGAAUUUAUUCUGUAAAAUUGAAUUAUAUCUUUGCAAAACCUGGCAAAACUGGACAUUUCAGCUAUGAGGAGAAACUGAAAUUAAUAUGAUUUUCUUUAUACCUGAUCCACAGUCCUUUCUAUCUCCUUAAUAUUCAAGCAUCUUUCUUGCAGUGAUUCCUUUGGGUACUUUAGGUACUUUUUUAUUCGUCAAUCCAUCUUCAGCCAAGCAAACCUUAUCCCCAAAGCCCUCUUAAUUCAGAUCCACUGCUAACUGAUUAAGAUAUGCCUGUUAUUCUUUCCUAAAACUGAAGCCUUAAAUACUUAAUCUAAAAAUGUGUCUCUGAAUGCAUUCAGCAUUCAGUAUAAUUCAGAAUUUGUUUAAAGAGUAAACUGUGGUGCAUAAACUGUAAAAGUAACCAUCAAAUAUAAAGAAAAACUGAAAUAAAACAGGCAGCCGUUUUUGAUCUGCAGACAGUUUUAAACAAAGUUUUAAUAAUGACAAUUAGAAAUCACAUUUCUUAUAUAGAGGUUAACCACUUCAUUACUUACUAAAGAAAAGGGGAAAAAAACCCCAUGGAAAUGGAAUUCCCAGGGAACAAUUGAAAGUAGUAUGUAAGUAUUUUGGAAAUAUAACCAUGAAGGUCAGGAAGGUGAAGGGAAGGAAUUGGGUGUGUAGCAUCUUCCUUAUGCUGAAUUGAGGAAGUUCCUUGAAGAGAAGACAUUUUCCCAGUUUCACUUUAGUGAAAUAUAACUGAAAUGCCAGCUGUAACAGUCAUAUUAGGGUUCUCUUAAUUCCUAAAGCCAUGAAUAUAUGUGUCAAUCUGCAGCUCUUACAUAUGACUCCUCAAAUAUGAGGUUGCUACUCAUGACAUAUUGCAUAUGUAACUCUUAAAGACAAUACUGACUUUUAUGUGAAACUUAUGGGCACUCCCUUGUAGUGCUACACUACAAAUAGGUACCCCUGGUACUAGGUAUCAGUACUAGUUCUUGCCUCUGUGUCCUUUGAAGCCUUGUAUUGCCUUUUAAGCUCAUUCUUCCUUCUGAGAACAGAGCUCAGUUGGUGGAUUUGGCUGUCAAGCCAAAAGACUAAAGACUAAAAGCUCCUGGGAAAAGUACAGGUGUAUCUUCAAACUGAAACUGAGAGUGUAAACAUUUCAAAAUACCUGCUGUAAAAAAUGAGUCUACCAUUUUCACAGUCUGCCUAUAGUGUUUUCCAAAAAGACAGAGAAGAAUUUCCUGCAUUUUGCAGCCAGCUAAUGAAUUUAUACUGGCAUAUUCAGUUAUUCAAGCCUCACAUAAACUUAAAAUUUUUCAGAAGAAGAAAUGACUGUGUCUUGAAAAAAUUUCAUCCCAGUUGUUUGGCUAACUAUGUUUCAUGGCAUACAGUGACAUGUAACAUGGCUCUUAAAAUGUCAGUGUAAUUAUUUUAAAAGCUUUAUCCAUGUAAUAAGAUUCAUAUAUCCUCAUCAUUCCAGGUAAGUUUGUGGCCUUAAAAAUUCACUCACACUCCUUCCACAGUGAUGUAUUGCAUUUUCUGGUAACAAACAUCAACAGACUGUUAUGACUAAUAACACUUGUGAUUAGUUGAUUUUUCCCAACAAUAACUCUAUUGAUUUCCAAGACCAUGCUUAUGAAUGUAUUUGGUGUUCAAAUACUUCUUACUUCAAAGAAUCCCAUCUCAAGAGGAGAAAACAAUUAUUAUUAAGUAUUUUGUUACACAUAUAAAUAAGAUUGAAUUUUAAAUGAAUGCUUAAAACAAAGUAUUAAUCUCUAAAAAUCUGAAUCAGAUAAAAUCAUAGACUGUAAAAGAUCACCCACUGCUCAAAGCUUCCACAGACUUUAAAGGGUAGUGGUUCAGGCCCUAUAACUGAGAUCAUGAGAUCUUGAUUUUAAGAUAUUAUUUGAAAAUCUUCAAAAGUUGUUCUUAAAUAACCAAAAGAAUAAAUAAAUGCAUUAGUACCUGCUCUAGAACUUUUCUAUUUUUUAUUAUAACAAGUUGUAAUAAAACAAGUUAGUAAGCCUGAGAGUAGAGGGCAAAACUAUUCCAGAGAAUCUUCCUCAUUAUCUAUUGUUUGCCUCCCACACAGAAAACUAGAACACAGAUGCCCUUGGUUCUUAGAAAUGAGUAGAAAGAAAAGAAAAAGCUGCAAGAGCAGAAAGAGCUCAGAUUCCAGAGAAUAUGCACAGUUGUCACAGUUGUCAUCAUGCUGUAAAUGCCAGCAAAGUGUAGGAAGCCUUGAAAAUAAAGCAUAUGAGGCUCUGUCUCACUUCACAGAACCACUGGAUGUGAAGGGUUCUGAAGAAGAUGGAAAAGAUCAUGAAAACAAGAAUCAGAGUAGCUCAGAUGCUUCUGAAGAUAGAGACCUUGAUAAUGGAGCAGACAUUGAAAAAGAAGGUAAGAAGGAAAAGAACUGCACUCCUAAAAUGAUCUCACCUCAGCAAGAUGAAAUCCUAGCUACAGUAACUUUUGGUGAAUCAGAAGGCUCAUCCAAAGGAAAAAUUACACUGUGGGGCAAACCAGAUUCUUCAUACUCUGUUAGCUUGGCCGCUGGAAAAAUUUCUGCAGAAGUAAAAUAUGGCUCUUUUAAGACUGAAGUAGAAAUUAAGAAUAUUUCUUUGUUUGAUUCUGGAACAAAAGUUAGGGAUGGAAAAUGGAAGAGUUCAAAGAUACAGAAACGUCAUGAAAGACAAUGCCAGAAAAGACAGCGUUCAAAGUGUUCAAAGUACGAGUGCCCUUUAACUAGACAUCCAGCAGAACACAGGGGGAGGUAUAAGGGAUCCUCUAUACAUAAAAUUCAAACUGCCAUCAGUGAAAGUCCCACCCUGGAAAUGAACAUUGAAACUAAAGACAUUCAGGUGGAAUAUACAAGCAGAAAUAAAAAUCUGAAGGUUAACAUCAAAGCUGGUGAGCAGGCACAGAGCAAACCACCCAGCAGAGAACACAAAGAUAUGUACUGGAGUGAAACAGAUUAUUCUGUUACAGAGGCAUGUUGUAACACAGACUGUGAGUCAUUGUUUAGCUUUGAUGAAAAAGCAGAUUUUACAUUCCCAGAUGGAUAUACACUUCUUCCUCCACCUAAAGAAUUUGCUGACUGUGACAAAAUGCACCUGGAUACAAUUGCAGAAUGCAUAUCUUCCUACCCUGUUAAUAGGAGAAGGGAAUCUGAUGGUCUCACUACAGCCUUGAGUAUUUGGGGGGAAGAAAAUUAUUUCUGUAAACUUAACACAGAGGACUAUGAAGACCAUACCAAUGAAAACGAAGAUGUUUCUAAGGAUAAAAUACUUUUUUCAAAAAUAAAUAAUACUAAUUGUCUUGUAGCUAUUAAUACCUUGCAUAAUCCGAACAAUGGGAAAGAAUGUGUUAGUAAGAGCAAUAUAUUACAUCAAGAAAGAAAUAACUGUGACAGAGACAGAGGACCAAAAACAGCAAGAAGAAAGUCUUUCCCAGAUACUACCCUGGAGGUACCAUCGCCAGUUCACCCUAGAAGGGAUUCUGGCUUUUACUCACUGCCAUCCUUAAAUGUAUUGCUUAAGGAGACAAAAGCAGAUGUCCAUAACAGAAACACACAUAUUCCUUCCAAAUAUAAGGAACUUUGUAAGUGUCCUGCCCUGACCUCCUCUCUGAUAGACCUUUGCAAGUAUCCCGACUUGACCUCCUCACUGAAAAAUUUGAGAAAUCUUAAGUCUUCAUAUCAGUAUGCUUUCACAUCAUUUGAUCAUAACAUUACCAUUUAUCCAUCUGAGCGUGAAAAAGGUGUCUGUCUAGAUGGCACUUGUUUACUGAAAGACUGUGUAGAUUGUGUGGUGCAAGAUGAAGAAACAGAAGAAACAUUAAUGGAGAGUCUUCAUUCCUGUGGUACUAUACCUGACAAAAGAGAAAAUGACCGUGAAGAGCCUCUGGGAAACCUAUCCAUGUGGGAAGACGACUCAGAGUCUACUGAAGUUUUAGAUAAAGAGAAAUCAGAGUACAACUCUGUAGAAAAGCGUGUUGAAUGGCAAAACAAAGCUCAUCUGGUACAAGCCUCUCCACUUUCUACAAGCCCUUCAGGUGAAUUCAUUAAUGAUAAAAAAAAUACUAAUUAUGCAUCUACAGAAAGCAUCCCAAAACAAUGUUCAGUUUUACAGUUAAAUGUUCACCCACCUUAUGUAGAGUCUGAGUUAAAAAAUAAAAGGAGAGAGUCAGUACUGACUGACCCUCCAGAGAUAACUGGAGAAGUAGAAGGAAGACUUGUCCAAGGCAACGCUACAUUGAUACCUGAAUGUUUUGUCUCUGCGGUGAAGAAAGAACCUAAUCUUACCUGCAGUAUUCAAGAAAAAUCCUUGAUGUCAUCCUUAUUGUUAGAUCACAAAGAGGAUGACAUGAAUAAAGCAUUGGAAAGCCUUUCUGAGGUACAGGAUGUAUAUGGGGAUGUCCACAUUGAAUCUGACUGCCGUAAUAAUUCAGCAAAAGUCUCCAUAUUAUCUGCCUCUUCAGUAUGCACAGAAAAGAAAGAGAAUUUCACAGAACAUUUAAACAUUAAGCAAAGGUUGGAAAACUUUUGCAGUAAACAGUCAAUUGAUGACAGUUUAAGAGGAGCGCCUGGAGUAAAUCAACUAUCUCUGUUAGUCAAGUCCAACUUUGAAGAAAUUGAGUCAAAUUUUGAAAUGAAAGAAGAUUAUUAUGAUACUGCAGAUAUGUCAUCAUCAGUAAGACAUAUUAGUCAGAAAGACUUGAAAUCAGAAAUGAAUAAAACCAGAAAAUUGCCAUUGAAGAAAGAUGCCAGAGCAAGUGACAGUUCACAGGAAGAUGCAAUAGACCAGUGGGCCAGAAGACGGAAACAGUUCAAAGACAGCAAAAAGUGCAGUUCAACUGGAGGAAGCUCCAUAAACAGCACAAUCACUGAGGGAUCAAUAAAUUCAGAGGAUGCUCGAUCAGUAGAUCUGGGACUAUAUUCUGAAAAUGUGGACGGAGGUUUUUAUACAGAAAACUUUCAUUCUGCUUCCUGGGUUUUCAGAGGAGAUGAUGUCUCUCCAGAUAACAGUCCUAGAUGUCUCAGCAAAAGACCUAGACCAGUGGCAAUUCGAGAAAGAACAGUGAAGAUUGCUAAAGGAACUGGCAAUUACCCUUGGGGUUUCAGGAUCCAGUUCUCAAAGCCUAUCCUUGUGACUGAAGUUGACACAAAUAGUGCAGCGGAAGAAGCAGGGCUUCAGGUUGGGGAUAUUCUGAUAGCAGUAAAUGGAACUGAUGUCACCAGCAUGCCACAUUCAGAAGCUGCAAAUCUGGCAAGGAAAGGUCCUGAUAUCCUGACUAUGAUAGUGGGAUCAGACAUCAGCCGUUACCCCAACACCCCCAAACCUACCUGCCGAGGAUAUCUGCACAAGCGAACACAAUCAGCAAUACUGAAGGGCUGGAGAAAGAGGUGGUUUGUGCUGAAACAUAAUGGUUACCUACACUAUUAUAAACACAAGAAGGUAAGGAGAGUGGCUGGUGAGGAGUCAAUAAUUCAGGAAUGUGUCCUGAAUUAUGAGGUGUACCAGUUCUGUACUCAAGUUUACAGAUCAUUGUCUUGA